GAGGAAUGGCAGUAUCAAACAUGGAGAGAUGUCAGCUGGAGAGAGAUAUGGACGACUGACAUUAAUAUUACAAGAGAUCACGAAGCCUCUCAGAUGUGAAUAACAGAGCGCGCUGAUGCACCUGGUGUCUGGACAUUCCAGCACACCGACUUUUCCCCUGGAUGGAGUUAAAUGUGCUCUGGAAAAUCUUCUUCAUCAUGGCCAAUCAGCCUCUACCACUAUCUCAGGAGACCUUAGCUCAGUUCAAUCGCUCCAUGGCCACAGAACCAGGUGCCUCAGGGCCUCCGAGGCGACGUUUGGGCUCCAUCUCCACUCGGCAAAGUUCCAAAGACCAAUCCAAGGACCAUCCCCACCACAGACCCCUGUUCCUCAGAUCCAUGACGGUUCCUUCAUCCGAGUCAUCAUUCUUGAGCCCCAACGUCAGUCAUUCUCACAUUUCCAUAGGAAAGCGAUUCUCAUUCGCAGGCUGGCACCAGGGAGGACGAGUGAGCUUCUCUGGACUGUACUUUCAACAACCUAUUCAAGAGGUUUAUGUGGAGAACACCUACAGAAUGGGACCAGAACCAGGGUGCCACUUCAGUGCCAGCAGGACCCAGCAGAUCUUACAGGCCACUUUGGAUAGUUAUUUGGAAGGUGUGUGUUACAGCCCUGAUAGUUGUAGCCAGCUGUGUCAAAUGUUAGCAGAUCUAGUUCUCAGUAAGCUAAAAGAUGUCAAUCCACCACGAUAUAAACUCGUGUGCCAGGUGGUGGUUGGGCAGAGUGGUAAACAAGGCAUAAGGGUGGCCAGCCGUAGCCUGAUGAACCCCAACACUGACAACUACACAUCUGCUGUUUUCCAAAAUCACUCACUGUUUGCUGUGGCUUUAGUGCACGGGAUGUACUUUGAAUGAAGGCUAAAUUAACAGCUCUUAAAGGCAUAGUUCACCCAAAAAAGAAACUCUGUCAUGAAUUACUCACUCUCGUGUCGUUCCAAAAACAUAAGACCUUCGUUCAUCUUCGGAACACAAAUUCGAGAAAUCCAAGAACUUUCUGACCCUGCAUAGACAGCAACACAACUGACAUGUUUAAGACCAAGAAAGGUAGUAAGGACAUUGUUGAAAUGUGACAUCAGAACGAAGGUCUUAUGGGUUUGGAACGACAUAGGAGUAACUAAUGAGGGAAUUUUAAUUUUUGGGUUAAUUAUGCAUUUAAUAUGUGUAUACAAAAUACAUGCUUAAAGAGACAAACACAUAUAAUAUACUACGACCAUCAAAACAUAUACAUUUGAAGUCAAAAGUUUACAUACACCUUGUAGAAUUUGUAAAAUGUUAUUUUUUUAGUUUUUGUAUUUAGUACUGAACUGAAUAAGAUAUUUGAUAUAAAAUAUCAUUAUAUAUAGUCCACAAGAGAAAAUAGUUUUAAGAAUUUAUAAAAAUGACCCUGUGCAAAAGUUUUCAUACAUGAUUUUUAAUACUGUUGUUAUCUGAAUGAUCCACAGCUGUUUUGUUGUUGUUGUUGUUGUUGUUUAGUGAUAAUUGUUCAUGAGUCAGUUAAACUGCCCGCUGUUCUUUUCCAAAACUAAAAACCAAAUUCUUUGGUUUUUCAGCAUUUUUGUGUAUUUGAACCCUUUCCAAUGAUGACUGUAUG